AUGGAAGAUGGCACUAAAUUGUUGGUUAGUUUAAUAUCGGAAUUUCGAAAUAACAUUAGAUAUGUAGGAAUAUGCAUUUAUAAUAACACAACGAACGAAUUUUCUCUAUCUGAAUAUAUAGAAAAUGAUCAUUUUACUACUCUAGAAUCAAUAUUAAUCCAAACAAACCCGGAUUCACUAAUAUAUUUACCAUGUAAUAAUAUAUUAGAUAAUAAAAGAAUAAACUUAAUUUGCAAUUUAUGUGAAAUAAAAUUAUGCGAAUUAAAUAAAGACAUUUUCCAAAUUAUGUCUAUUGAAACAGAUUUGGAAAAAUUAAUAAACGUAAAUGACGAUGUAAAAAAUUAUGUAUCUUUUUUAAAUUUAACACUAGGAUGCAAAGCAUUAUCUAGUAUUAUAAAAUAUUUAAAUUUACUAAAUGAAGAUAGUGCAAUAAAUAAAUGUACAUUAAAAUGGUAUAAUAUUAGUAAAUAUGUAAAAUUAGAUAAAGCAGCUAUUUGCUCAUUAAAUAUAAAUACGUAUAUAUCAAAAGAACAAAAAAAUGGUAUAGGUGGGUCUCAACAAACGCUUUCACAAAACCAUGGUGGAAAUACUAUGACGUUGUAUAAAUUUUUAAAUAAGUGUAAAACAAAAAUUGGGGAGAGGAAAUUAUUAAAAUGGAUAAUGCAUCCAAUAAGGGAUGAAAAAAAAAUAAAUCAAAGAUUAGAUAUGGUUGAAAUAAUGAAUGAUGAUCAAGCUUUGCGAUCCAUGAUUCAGGGAGAAUAUCUUAGAAAAGUUUGUGAUUUAGAUUUGAUCAUUAAAAAAUUAAAAAUUGCCAACAAUAUUGUAAAAAAUAAUAAUAUGUCUGAUAAUCACGGAGCUAAACAAAAUAGGUCGUUUGGAAAUUCGAAUAAUAAAUGCACCAUUGAAGAUUUGGUAAAAUUGUAUGAUACAGUUAUAGCAUCAAAAAAUAUAUAUCAUGCAUUAGAUGAAUAUAAUAAUGGUACACAGAAAAAAAAUACCAAAAAAACAUUGGAGGAGAAUUUUAUAAUACCAUUAAAAUCUAUAAUUAUUAGCUUAACUUCAUUCCUAAAAUUAAUAGAAUUAACUGUAGACUUCGAUCAAAUAAUAAAAAAUCAAUUUUUAAUUUCUCCAAAUUUUGAUGACAACUUAAUGGCUCUGUCGAAAGAAAAAGAAGAAAUUUAUAAACAGAUAUUACAUCAUAGAUCAGAAGUAGAAGAAGACAUUAAUUAUCUAAAAAAAGGAGAUAAACAAUCGAAAAAUAACAAAAAUAUUAGUUCUAAUAAUAGUGGGAUGAAAGAAGAUGUCAAAUUGAUAGAUUGUAAUACUAAUGUAUUUUUAUUUAGAGCUGUUAAAAAAGAUAUAAUAUUUAUACAGCAAAGAAAAAAAACAUACAAUCAGGUUAGAGUAAAUAAAAAUGAAAUAUUAUUCAAUACAAAUAAGUUAAGAGACUUAUGUAAACAAUAUCAAUAUGUAUUGCAUAGUUAUAAUACAUCACAAGAACAUUUAGCUAAUAAAGCUAUUGAAGUAGCUAGUUCCUAUUGGGAACCAUUUAAUAAAUUAUCAAAAAUUAUUUCUCAAAUAGAUAUAUUUUGUUCUUUUGCUUAUGUAAUAUCACAAUGUAUAUCUACAUACGUUAGACCAAUUGUUGAACAAAAUGGAAAGGUACUUGAAAUAAAAAAUUCAAGGCAUCCCUUAGUUGAAGCAAAUUAUUUACAAAUAAAAAAUUUUAUACCAAAUGAUAUACAUAUGGAUAAAGAAAAUAAUAGAUUAAAUAUUAUUACUGGUCCAAAUAUGGGAGGAAAAAGUACAUAUAUAAGACAAAUAGCUAUAAUAUCCUUAAUGGCACACAUUGGUUGUUUUGUUCCUAGCACAUAUGCAAAAAUACCGAUUUUUUCUCAAAUUAUGUGUAGAAUAGGUUCAUCAGAUAUUCAAUUAAAAGGGAUAUCCACAUUUUUUUCCGAAAUGAUUGAAGUAUCAGCAAUUAUAAAAAAUGCUGAUAGUGAUACUUUAGUUAUUAUUGAUGAAUUAGGAAGAGGAACAUCAACAUAUGAAGGAUUUGGUAUUAGUUGGUCGGUUGCUAAUUAUUUAUUAAAUAACAUAAAAUGCUUGUGCUUAUUUGCAACUCAUUUCCAUGAAAUAUCAAAUUUAGAGGAUGAACAUGCAGCUGUCUCAAAUAAUCAUGUGUCCGCAAAAAUUGAUGAAGCAAAAAAAAAAAUAUCAUUUCUUUACGAAAUUAAAAAGGGAUUUGCAGAUAAAAGUUAUGGGGUACAUGUAGCACAAAUAGCGAAACUACCUCAGAAAGUUAUUGACAAAUCAUUUGAAAAAUCAAAAGAAUUAGAGUCAAUUGAAAAUAAACAUUAUUUUAAAAACAAACUUAAAAGUAACAAUGAUAACAAUUCAAUUGAAUAUGACAAAGCCAAAACUGAAAUGCAUAACAAAUGUGAGGCAUACUUAAAGGAGAUAUUCAAAGCAAAUAAUGAACAAGAAUUUAUUUCACUUUUUAAAAAAAACAAAGGCUUCUUAGUUGAAUUAUUUAAAAAUGAUAAUUUUAAUUCCUUGUGA